UAAUGGUUUAUAUAUCAUGUGUGCGCCAAUGAGACGUGCUUGUAGUAGGAGCGAGCUAAUUAACGAUCAUUAGCUUUACUAGCCAGCUGUAACAUUGUGGCCUAUUGAGCAGAGUGGCUGAGCGAAAGCUAACGCGGACUAGCACCUUCUUGACAAGUUUGGUGAAAUAUGCAAACGAAAGUUGUGUGUCGUGCUAUGUGAAACGUUUAAUAUGAGCUAGGAUAUAUUGUGGAUUACUGCACGUGAGAAGACAGUAGAGGCUACAGCUGUGAUAGACGCGGUGUCAACUGAAUAUGACAACAACAGACAUAAACCAAUGUUUGCAGCAACUUGCUAGCAGCUAGCAAGCUAGCCUGAAACAGGCCGAAGACAGCGUCAAGUAGAUGGAACUUCCGGCGGCAGCCGUCAAAGUAAAGUCUUCAUUGAUACUCACCAACUACUCUAUGUAAGAUGAACACUGAGGACAAGUUGGAGGGUAUGCUGCUAAAGUGCAGCAGUGGAGGAAUAGAUGGAGGAGGGAGAGUUGGGCUGGGCAGUGGAGGGGGACUGGUGGUGAUGACCCUGGGGGAGCGAUCGCUUGCAAACCACCCUCUGUUGGCUGAAGAUGAAGACGAUGAGGACGAAGACGAGGACUUGACUGGGAGCUCGCUGGUUACUCAUGACCUGGUCCCUCCUGAGCAGCUGAUGAUGCAGGAGGAAAUGACAAAGAACGGUGGCGAAGAGGAGGGAGGAGGCGAGGUGGGAGUGCAUUUCCCCCUAAAACUCACCCAUAAGUUGCCCUACUUGCUUCAUAUGCCACUGAGCAUUAAACAGGAACUGAAGCUGACUGAGCCAGCAGUCCAGAUAAAGAAGGACAAAAAAGCAGUGAAGGACCUGAUAGUGUGUCCCAAGAAGAAAAAAAGGAAGCAACGUUCACCAGCAAAGAUUCUCAACAUCAAUGAUGAUGGAUCACUUGGAAUGCAAAACCCCAAGUGCCAUGUUUGUGUUCACUGUAAUGCGGCGUUCAGAACCAAUUACCAUCUACAGAGGCAUGUCUUCAUUCACACUGGUGAGAAGCCAUUUCAGUGUAGCCAAUGUGACAUGCGCUUCAUUCAGAAAUAUCUCCUCCAGAGACAUGAGAAAAUCCAUACUGGUGAGAAGCCUUUUCGCUGUGAUGAGUGCGGUAUGAGGUUCAUCCAGAAGUAUCACAUGGAGAGACACAAGAGGACUCACAGUGGAGAGAAGCCCUACCAAUGUGACUACUGUCACCAGUACUUCUCCAGAACAGACCGGGUUUUAAAGCACAGGCGAAUGUGUCAUGAAAACAGAGAGAGGAAGACCAACAAGGCUGCUGGUAAAGUUGGACCUUUGCGUGAAGCAGAUUCUUUAGGCCUCCCCUUCCUCGCCAAAGAGUGUUCACUGCCCAAGAAGAAACGCCAAAAGUGUGCAGACAAGUUGCAGAGUUCAGGCGCUUCCACUGCUCCCCAAACAGAAGGUCACACUGCCCCUGUUGCAGAAACAGAAGAGAAAGAGGAGCAGAGACAAAAUAAAAUUGAAGGUGCUAUGAAGGUGCUCUAUGCUGUGUCCUCCAAAGUCAAGCACGAGUAUAUGAUUGCUGACUACUCUGUGGAACUUUCCGAAGAAACGGCAAGCCAACACCAAGAAGGAGAGGGGUCAUCAGAAGAGACAACUCCUCCUAAACUAGUCCUGAAGAAGGUCCCCAAGAGGAGUCUUAAACAAUCCAGUGAACCACCUCCUCCCUGCCUGUCCACUCUGUCUUCCUUUGAGGAUAACAGCAAGGUCGCGCAUUAUACCUUUGAAAUUGUGGACAAGCAGGGCCUUUUAGACGUAGAAAGCAACACUGAACUCGAGUCAGUCGAAACUCUUCAAGGAGGACCAACAAAGCCAGCAGCCAGCAGCACAAACUACGACGACGCCAUGCAGUUUCUCAAGAAGAAACGUUAUCUUCAGGCUGCAAUGGCCAACAACAGUCGGGAUUAUGGCCUGAACACAAGCAGCAUACCUUCUCAGGCACCCACACAAACUGUGGUGUCAACCGUCAUUGACGAAACUGUCCCUGCCACCAUUUUGGAGCCCCAGCCCAUCAACACAGAGAUUAAGGCGACUCAUGACAGGAAUGUGUUGCCAGAUGAGGUUCUUCAGACUCUGUUGGACCACUACUCCAACAAAGCCAACGGGCAAUCAGACAUUUCCUUUAGUGUGGCUGACACGGAGGUUACUUCAAGCAUAUCCAUUAACUCCUCUGAAGUUUCAGACAGCAGCCCCGUGGAGAGUCUCGGAGCCUCUAGUGCCCAGACUCAACCACCUACUGAGAAAGUCAGCCUCUUGCAAGAAUACUCCAAGUUUCUCCAGCAAGCACUGGAGAGGACCAGCCAGAACGACAGCUACCUGACGAGCCAGAGCCUCAGCUUGGUCUCCGAAAACCCCACCUUAGCCGGACAGCCUCUGUUCUCCACUGAGAAACAGUUUCCUUCCCCCAGUAGGUUCAAAUCAGGGAUGA